AACGUUUUGCGUUCUACUCGUAGCUUCAUUUGGCAGAGCGACGCGGUGCUGAGCGGUAGCCCCCAACCUCAGAGUCCAGUCGGAGAGCCGAUAAGCGAUUUCGUAUAUCGCCUUGGCACUGGUUUAAAUUUUUUGCUUUAUAUACAGUGGUCGAUUGCAUGUGUUCUUUGUUUUGCCUUUAUUGUUUUUGUUGUUUUUUUUUUUUCAAUGUGCCUUGUGCUAUUUUAAUCAGUGUUUCGAGAAUAACGGCAUAUAAAAGAACAAAACUUGAAAAUAAAUUAAAUUAGAAAAACUAUACACAAUUAAACAAGUACGUUUAUUUAUUUAAUUUUUUGUGAGAGUUAUCAAUUUCACCAAACACAAGUUGAUAAAGCACCGAUCAAGUGAUUUUUUUGCAGUGAUCAUGACGCGAAUGAGAGCCAGUCUAACCACCGGCAGCCUGCUGCUGUGUGUGCUUCUGCUGGGCAAGUUGUCAAACAUUGAGGCAUUUGAAGAGGGCGAUGCGUGCAUGGUGAAGGAGAAUCUACCGGGCGUGUGCAAGAUAUCAUCCAAAUGUGAGCCCGUACUUGACGAUUACUUUAAAACGGGCGUACUGACUAUAGAUGAUGUGCCCAGCUGUGGUCUGGGCCCACAUGAGGAGAUUAUCUGCUGUCCGAUAGCCGAGUGCUGUGGCAGCAAAACACGGCCAGAGACAACAACGCUGCCCACAAAUCGAGUUUUUGUUCCUGAUGGCGAACGGCCGGCAAAGCGAGCGUGUCAUCAAUUUCAGAAAAGCAAAGAAAGAAAUGGACAGCCCCUAUCGCCGCACAUUUUAGGUGGUACUGAGGUCGAGUUAGGCACCUAUCCACAUAUGGCGGCAAUAGCGUUUAGUGUUGUUGAUAAAAUCGUUUUUAGUUGCGGUGGUACGCUGAUCUCAUCUCGUCAUGUACUGACGGCUGCCCAUUGCGUUAGUAAAGAUUUGCCCCUUUAUGUUCGACUUGGAGCGGUGAAUAUUUCGGGGGACUUAGAUCAUCAGGAUAUUAACGUCACAUCAAAUGUUGUCCUGCAUCCGGAUUAUGUGAGCAGCACCAAAUACAAUGAUAUUGCCGUACUUGAGCUGGCCAAAGAGGUCACACUGGACGUUAAUGUAAGUCCAGCAUGUCUCGCAUUCGACAGCGCUGAUCCCCCAGAAACUGCUCAACUUUAUGUAGCCGGCUGGGGCAUUAUGAAUCUGAAAACAAAAAGUACCUCGAUGAAAUUGAUGCGUGCCCCGUUGAAUACUGUGCCCUUGAAGGAGUGCAACGAUUCGUAUGCCAAGCAACCGAGUACUAUGCGACACUUGCCGCAGGGAGUUAUCGAUUCGCUGCUGUGUGCGGCGGAUACGAAGAACUCCACUGCAGACGCCUGCCAGGGUGAUUCUGGAGGCCCGCUGAUCCUGGAGGAGGAUUUUCUGAAUAACAAAUACAGCAUAUUGGGCAUCGUAAAUUCAGGAGUUGGUUGCGUAACCAAGACACCGGGACUGUACACACGCGUCGCAUCAUAUGUGGACUGGAUCGAGCAGGUCGUUUGGCCAAAUAAUGUUGUGUAAUCUUGUGUACUGUUCUCAUAUUAAUGGACCUUUCAUUUGAUUAAUUUGCGAUUAAUUCUAAGCACAUCGAUUUUAAAUACAAAGGUCAUAUUCCUUGGCCAUAAUACCA